AUGGGACGGGUGCUUCGAAGCGGCAAGAGUCUAGAUGACUCCAAUGCGACGAGCGAAGCCAAAAAACAUGCAGAGACCUCAUUCGCAGUAUCGCAGUCAAUCUCCACACUACAAGACGCGGAUACGGCCAUCACUUUGCCCAACUUUGGGAACAGGCAAAGGACCGUGAAAGCCUCCGUUGACACCAGCUUCCCCUCGGCGCUCUCAUCCAAACCGAGUAUAUUUAUAGGCAAGGAUUAUCCCGCGCCAUUCUCUGUUAAACAGAGAGAAAUGGAAACGCUUGAGCCCAGCAGUCUUGCAAAUACAGCUUCGAAGUUUGUCCUCCCAGUUGCUUCCCAUGUUCGCCGGCCACGACCCCGUCCACAACCCCAACCCAUUUUUAAACCUACUACGAUAACAACGCUUACUUAUGAGCGGAGUGUGGAGAUUACACGGAUAUCGAUCACCGCUUUGGUCUCGAUGAUCACCUUUUUCAAGAAGGCUUUCGGGAAUAAUCAUGUGUUCGAACACCGUUACUUUGACCCCAAUGAUCCAAAUUUGACAUACGAGGCAUUCAAGAAGGGCGUCCAUAAAAUCCAGCAGCAACCCGGGGAUCCAGAGAUACUCAAUCAUUGGUUAAUUGCCGCUGGGAAGUCUGAGGCUGCGGAUAAACUUCUGUCAUGGCUUGAACACGAUACUGUACAUGCUGCUAUAGAGGGGAAAUACUUGUCUAAUAUUGAACUUCGUCUUCACUAUCGUCAUAAUGUCGAAUCCUAUUUCAUAAGUUUGACAUACUGUGAAGGCUCGGAACGUCCUCGAAUCGAGGCAAGACUCGGCGGGACUGGAGAAGACGUACCAUCAAUGGUGGUCUAUGAUGCUCAAGCACAACUAUACGCGUUAAUGGAGGAUGUAAACCGACAACUCCAACUCAGUGUCAGGUCUCAUGACGGUCACCUCAAAAAAGGACCUAAUUACAUUACUAUGGGUGUGAUUUUGAACGACAAGGCACCCAAAGAGCUUCAUAUUCCUGGCUUCAAGAGAAGUCUAACCCGGCCGCUUAACUUGAAUAAUAUAUCACCAGUCGAAUGCUCGACAAUGAAAACGCCCUUCCAUAGUGUAUCCGUUAACCCACCCGAUUAUAAUUCGUUAGUUACUAGAAGCGCAGAGCAGGCAACUCGAAGAACAAUUAUUGAUCACGGACCGACGGCCGCCAGGAAGAAUGACACCGAUGACACCGAAGACACCGAAGAGGCAGUUGCCUCACCGUGUACAUUACGCAUGCAAGGAUCAGAUACCGCAUCAGUGGCAAGCGAAGAUUAUCCUCACACUCAGUUUGAAAAUGUUUCCCUGAUUAAAAAUUUAGGACCAUCAAGAAAAAUCGAUCCAGCCACACAGGAUACUCUUAUCCUUCCACGUUCACUCCAAUCUCCGACGAGCCACUCUUUUUCGAACACAAAUACACUUCGACAAAGCAGUGAUAUACCAAAUAUCAGAGGAAUAAUACCUGCCAGAAUUAAUGAGAACAUAUCUGACGAUGAUGGAAAUAUGGAUGGAAAUUUGCAGGAUGAGGAUCUAGACAUUCCAUUAUCGCCUGUAUCUGAAAUACUUUGCGAAUGCAGGGCGUCCGAUUACGUCCCAGGGUGCAUGAUAAAAUGCUUGUCCUGUGACAAGUACCACCACUCUUUCUGCUAUGCUUAUUUGAAUCCCCCGUCGUCACACAUUAUGGAAGAAUUGUGUUACGAAUGUGAUGAUGAAGUAACGGAGCCGCCAGAUAUGCGUCUUAAACUAUGUUUGCUCAGGAGGACUAUUUACGUACUCAGAAACGGACAAAUUCUGAAUGUCACAGAGGUUUUUGACUUCAUGAUGAUUGAAGAUAGCCAGGCAUCCACGAUCCAAGAGUUUUGCACGUGUCUUUUGAACUUUCUGAGAAUUCUGGGUCUUGUGCAACUAGCUCAACCGCAAGCAGACGGAAGAGACGCCUUGUUCUAUCUUUCAUCGAGCAAUGAUCAACUUCCCAAAUGGCUCUUCAACCCUCGUCUAUUUCUUACAGCAAUUCUGAACGAUAAUCCCCGCCUAAAAGAUCAUUUCCAAAGCGGAGAAUUUGGGUUAUCACUCGCUGCCGCAGUUUGGCCCGCAGAAUUCGCAGACAACCCCAAUUCUAAAGCAACUGAUACUUUGAAUUCUAAAGCUAAGCUUGAGAGGUCCCAUUCGCUGACCAUGUCACCAAAAUCCGCUUCAUUCAAUCCAUCAUCAGCCGAUUGUGAUGGGACGAAGUGCGGAAAGCGAAAAUUGCGUGAGGACGGCUCACCAGUCCGCGCGAAAAAGGCGUAUGAAAGUCACUCAAAAGGGUGGAAAUCGAUUCAUCAGCGGGGUCUAUCAUGA